AUGUACUUGAAUGUUGCCGAUGCUUCAAAGUUACCAUCAGGGUGGAGUAGAUAUGCCGAAUUCACCUUGAUUGUCAUUAAUCAAUUUAACAGUGACAAGUCGAUAACAAUAGGGUAUAUCGUGGAUGACAUAUGUAUUGUUGAAGCUGAGGUUGCAAUCAGGAAAGCUGACAUUAAGGUCCUAAAAGACCAAGAAACUGCGUUUCUUGAGCAGGAACUUCAGAGCCAGUCUUCAGAUGUGGAUUCUGUGAAAUAUUCAGAAUCUUCAACAGCACAUACAUCACUUUGUUAUGAACAGAUGCUUGCUUUUCAGGAUGCACUAAAUUCUGACCCUGUUCAAACAAAUGUUGAUUCUGUGCAUGUUCCACCCUUGAAAAUAGAACCAAGAUCUGAUCAAGUGCUUCCUUAUCAGGAGACUGAUAGCCCAGUUGGCCCUCCCAUAGUCGAGGAAAGCGAUGAAGCUCCCUCCACCCCAGUUAGCGAGCUCAUUAAUUUCAGGGGAUUAGGGAAAAUAGAUAAAGCUUUUGUUCCACUGCUGGAAGAAGUCUGUUUGUGGCAUCCUUCGUUGAUUAGCUGCCAAAGGAAAAGAAGUCACAUGUUUAGUGAAUGGGCAUUCACGGCUUUGGGUCGACUUUUGCAUUUUCUGAACACUACAAAGGUUAAGGAUGUGAUGGAGGAUACAUGUGAACAUGAUCCAUGUGAGCAUCUUCAAGUUUUGUGGGAGGAGGUUGAGACCUUCAUAUUUGACUUGAGUUGGCUGGAGCCUUUUGUUCAAUCAGCUUUGGGAAUGAAGAAGUUUAGGGAGAAGGAAGGAGUGUUGAACAAACUCAGAGAGGAUGUUGAUGCUCUGGAGACUGAAAUGAAGAGGUUAAGGGAGAGGCUAUCUGUUGCUGAGGUAGAUCACGCGUUUGCAAUAAGAGACCUGGCAAAUGGAGAGGAAAGCUUUGGUGAGGCAAAUAUGAACAGCAAGCUCAGUUAUGGGAGGCAUUAG